CAAAUUUUGUUUUUACAAAUAUACUUAAGGAGCAUAAUUAGUAAAGAUUUUUACUGUCAAAUGCUUUUGUUAUCUGCAUGAUUUGAUGUAUGUAUCUAGUUUGGAAACUGGUCCAAUCGCUGCAGAUUGUAUUUAAAUGUACACUAGCCACUUUGACCGGAGUAAAUUUGUGCAAAUUAGACAUAUGGACCAACUGCUGCCUGCUGGUCCUUGAAGAUGGAUGCCUAUCUUGAGAAGCACACAAAGAUAUGAUGGCUGCACAUUAUUUGCCUUCCCUACUUUGUCUGGUUGCUGCCAGUUGGCAUGAAGAGAGUGGUGGAUUUCUCUUUAAGGCCUUAUUUGAUCCGUGCAAGCUUCUCUAUGCUUUGAAAUCCAGGAUCAAUAUUGCCCAAGUUGGCCAGCAGACUCAUACAGUGAGAAUGACAGGGGAGCUCCAAUUCUUCAUGCAUAUUGAACUGCAUAUCUGAUGGACAAUGCAGCACCUAUCAUCUUUCCUAUAUAAAUAUAUGAAAGGGAACAUGAAGUUCUGGCAUCUUGCUGCUUGUAGGUUGUAGCACACCAAGAAAGAGAAGUAGAAGCACACAUGGCAAACAUGAGCCUGAUAAGAGGGAUUGGAAGCAUUGCCAAUAGAUGGAGGGAACUCCAUGGCAUGAAUUAUUGGAAGGGGCUACUUGAUCCCCUCGACGUUGACCUUCGGAGGACUAUCAUCAACUACGGUGAGCUCUCCCAGGCAGCCUAUACUGGGUUAAACAGAGAGAAAAGAUCAAGGUAUGCCGGGUCUUGCCUCUUCAACCGCAGGGACUUCCUCAGCAGGGUGGAUGUAUCAAACCCAGAAUUGUAUGAGAUUACAAAGUUCAUAUAUGCAAUGUGUACAGUCAGCUUGCCUGAUGGAUUCAUGAUCAAGUCUCUGUCAAGGGCUGCAUGGAGCAGGCAGUCAAAUUGGAUGGGGUUUGUUGCAGUAGCCACAGACGUGGGUAAGGAAUUACUUGGGAGGCGGGAUGUGGUGGUGGCGUGGCGUGGGACAAUACGGAUGGUAGAGUGGAUGGAUGAUCUUGAUAUUUCCUUAGUGCCUGCUUCAGAGAUAGUUCUUCCAGGCAGAGCAACUAAUCCCUGCGUGCAUGGAGGGUGGCUUUCUGUCUACACAAGUGCUGAUCCAGGGUCGCAAUACAAUCAAGAGAGUGCACGAUAUCAGGUGUUGAAUGAGGUCAAAAGGAUACAGGAUUUGUACAAGAACGAGGAGACUAGCAUCACCAUAACAGGUCACAGCCUUGGGGCAGCACUUGCCACAAUCAACGCCAUUGACAUCGUCUCCAAUGGCUACAACAAGAGCUGCCCUGUGUCCGCAUUUGUCUUUGGAAGCCCUAGAGUUGGCAACCCCGACUUUCAGAAAGCAUUUGACAGCGUAACGGAUCUGAGAUUGCUCCGAGUUAAAAACUCUCCUGAUGUGGUCCCAAAAUGGCCAAAGCUAGGAUACAAUGAUGUCGGUCCAGAGCUAAUGAUCGACACAGGGGAAUCACCCUACCUGAAGGCCCCUGGAAACCCCUUAACAUGGCAUGACAUGGAAUGCUACAUGCAUGGUGUUGCAGGGACGCAGGGGAGCAGUGGAGGGUUCAAGUUGUUGGUUGAUCGAGAUAUUGCCUUGGUCAACAAACAUGAAGAUGCACUGAAGAAUGAAUAUUCAAUUCCAUCAUCAUGGUGGGUGGUACAGAACAAAGGUAUGGUGAAAGGCAAGGAUGGCCGGUGGCAUCUGGCCGACCAUGAGGAUGAUGACUGA